AUGUCCCUCUCCAUGUCCCUCUCCAUGUCCCUCUCCGUGUCCCUCUCCGUGUCCCUCUCCAUGUCCCUCUCCGUGUCCCUCUCCAUGUCCCUCUCCAUGUCCCUCUCCAUGUCCCUCUCCAUGUCCCUCUCCAUGUCCCUCUCCAUGUCCCUCUCCAUGUCCCUCUCCGUGUCCCUCUCCGUGUCCCUCUCCAUGUCCCUCUCCAUGUCCCUCUCCAUGUCCCUCUCCAUGUCCCUCUCCAUGUCCCUCUCCGUGUCCCUCUCCAUGUCCCUCUCCAUGUCCCUCUCCAUGUCCCUCUCCAUGUCCCUCUCCAUGUCCCUCUCCAUGUCCCUCUCCAUGUCCCUCUCCAUGUCCCUCUCCGUGUCCCUCUCCAUGUCCCUCUCCAUGUCCCUCUCCAUGUCCCUCUCCAUGUCCCUCUCCAUGUCCCUCUCCGUGUCCCUCUCCAUGUCCCUCUCCGUGUCCCUCUCCAUGUCCCUCUCCAUGUCCCUCUCCAUGUCCCUCUCCAUGUCCCUCUCCGUGUCCCUCUCCGUGUCCCUCUCCAUGUCCCUCUCCGUGUCCCUCUCCGUGUCCCUCUCCAUGUCCCUCUCCAUGUCCCUCUCCGUGUCCCUCUCCAUGUCCCUCUCCAUGUCCCUCUCCAUGUCCCUCUCCAUGUCCCUCUCCAUGUCCCUCUCCGUGUCCCUCUCCAUGUCCCUCUCCGUGUCCCUCUCCGUGUCCCUCUCCAUGUCCCUCUCCAUGUCCCUCUCCGUGUCCCUCUCCGUGUCCCUCUCCAUGUCCCUCUCCGUGUCCCUCUCCAUGUCCCUCUCCGUGUCCCUCUCCGUGUCCCUCUCCAUGUCCCUCUCCAUGUCCCUCUCCAUGUCCCUCUCCGUGUCCCUCUCCGUGUCCCUCUCCAUGUCCCUCUCCAUGUCCCUCUCCAUGUCCCUCUCCAUGUCCCUCUCCAUGUCCCUCUCCGUGUCCCUCUCCGUGUCCCUCUCCAUGUCCCUCUCCAUGUCCCUCUCCAUGUCCCUCUCCAUGUCCCUCUCCAUGUCCCUCUCCAUGUCCCUCUCCAUGUCCCUCUCCGUGUCCCUCUCCGUGUCCCUCUCCAUGUCCCUCUCCGUGUCCCUCUCCAUGUCCCUCUCCAUGUCCCUCUCCAUGUCCCUCUCCAUGUCCCUCUCCGUGUCCCUCUCCGUGUCCCUCUCCAUGUCCCUCUCCGUGUCCCUCUCCGUGUCCCUCUCCAUGUCCCUCUCCAUGUCCCUCUCCAUGUCCCUCUCCAUGUCCCUCUCCAUGUCCCUCUCCAUGUCCCUCUCCAUGUCCCUCUCCAUGUCCCUCUCCGUGUCCCUCUCCAUGUCCCUCUCCAUGUCCCUCUCCAUGUCCCUCUCCAUGUCCCUCUCCAUGUCCCUCUCCGUGUCCCUCUCCAUGUCCCUCUCCGUGUCCCUCUCCAUGUCCCUCUCCAUGUCCCUCUCCAUGUCCCUCUCCAUGUCCCUCUCCGUGUCCCUCUCCGUGUCCCUCUCCAUGUCCCUCUCCGUGUCCCUCUCCGUGUCCCUCUCCAUGUCCCUCUCCAUGUCCCUCUCCGUGUCCCUCUCCAUGUCCCUCUCCAUGUCCCUCUCCAUGUCCCUCUCCAUGUCCCUCUCCAUGUCCCUCUCCGUGUCCCUCUCCAUGUCCCUCUCCGUGUCCCUCUCCGUGUCCCUCUCCAUGUCCCUCUCCAUGUCCCUCUCCGUGUCCCUCUCCAUGUCCCUCUCCGUGUCCCUCUCCAUGUCCCUCUCCAUGUCCCUCUCCAUGUCCCUCUCCAUGUCCCUCUCUGUGUCCCUCUCCGUGUCCCUCUCCAUGUCCCUCUCCAUGUCCCUCUCCGUGUCCCUCUCCAUGUCCCUCUCCAUGCCCCUCUCCAUGUCCCUCUCCAUGUCCCUCUCCGUGUCCCUCUCCAUGUCCCUCUCCAUGUCCCUCUCCAUGUCCCUCUCCAUGUCCCUCUCCGUGUCCCUCUCCGCCCCUCGUCGUGCUGCUCUCAAUUGCAUGGCGGCGGAGGCGGCGGUGUGCAGGUCGGUGUGGGACGGUGCGAUCCCCGUGCGCGUGGUGCUAGACAGCAAGGAAGUCGCCGUGUCGUGCCCGCCCGACGCGCUCUAUGUGAGAUGCCGUGCAUGGGAGCGCGCACGGGAAGGCGCACACGGGACGGCGCACGGGAAGGCGCACGGGAAGGCGCACACGGGACGGCGCACGGGAAGGCGCAUGGUGAUGGCGGAAGGCUCGGGGAUGCUGCUCACACCUCUUCCCUCAAAUACCUCUGUUCCGCACCCCCCACCUCCCCGCCCCCACCCCUCGCACGCCUCAUCACGCGCAUCAGUGCGCCUCUUGAAGUUUCAUACAUGCCAUCUGUGCCAUCUCGCCGCGCCCCCCAUGCUGCGCACUGCCUCUCCCCCCCCCCUCCUCCUCUCCGCCCCCACGCAGCUCAUGGUGCGGCGCAUGUCGUUCCUGCCGCUGCUCGUGCCCGCCCUCGCAGCGCACUUCCACCCCUUCCUGCCGCCCGGCCACGACACCGUGUGGCUCGACUUCGACGGCCUGCCCCUUAAAUGGAACAUCUGGAGUGGAGUGCUGUACGACCUGCUGUGCCCCGAGCAACAGCUGCCCUGGAACCUCACGGUGCACUUCCGCUCGUACCCAUCAGACGUGCUGCUGCCAUUGGACCACCCUGACACGCUCCCUCACACCUACAUGCACGCGCUCAAGCAGGCAGUGAGUGUGCUAUCCCAGGCCGACCAAUCACACCUCUGGGCUGCCGUUGCCUCAGGCGACCUGGAGUCAUUCCAGCGAGUGCUAUCGCUGCUCAACAUCACUCUCUUCCUCCCACCGCUCUCCAUCUCCUCCUCCCGCUCUCUGCGCUCUCUUGCCCUCCAGCACUCCACGCACCCUCUCAAUGCCUCGCAAGGUAAGCACCUCUGCGCCAAGCCCCACCUCCAUCCAUUGCCCAUGCACAACUGCUGCUCGCCGCAACUGCCAAUGCCAACCCCUCAUCAGUGUGCCACUCCAUCGCUCGCAUCGUCUGCCCUGCCACUCUGCGCCUUCCCACCCCCGGUCAAGCGUCCACCUCGCCACCUCUCCCGCCUGUCCCCAUGCGCCUCCUCCUGCGGCCACGGGGUGCUGCCCUCCAACCCCCCUUCCGCCGCUGCUUCUCCACACCACCACAACCCUCACAGCGCAGCAGGCGCGGCCACAGAAGCAGACGCAUCAGCGGGAGAGGGGAGGUUGGUGGCGGAGGUGGGGGGGGUGAGGAGCUGGCGCGAUGUGGAGAUGGCCAUGCGUGUGGUGCCGGGGGUGCGCUCGGAGCACACAGGAGGGCAGGCAGGCAGUGCAAUGGAAGGAAAAGGGGGGAGGGGGAAUGGGCAGGGUGGGUGUGUGGUGAUGGUGUCCCACCUGUCCCCAUCUUGUUCCCCUGGCGGGACCAUUCACCAUCGCAUCCCUAUGCAUGACCCCCAAGCUUCACUGCGCCCUCCCUCGCCCGCCCUCCCCACAGAGGUGACCAUUGGAGCGGCUCUUGCGGCGGCGCUGCCCCAGCUCGCCUCGUGCUUCGCCCCCCUGCCUGUGCGUGGCAUGCCCCAAAUGCCCGCUGCUGCUCAGGGCAGUGCAGCAGGCAGUGCAGCGGCGGAUGAUGGGGCAAUUGGAGGGGAGAGGGACGAAGGAGAAGAGAGCAGUGAGCGAGAGCAGCAAGGCGCAGGGAGGGAGCUUGUAGAUGCUCAGCAAGGGCAGUCGGUGCAGCGAGCAGCAGAGGGGGAGGGUAGGGCUGCUGCUGCCAGUGCUCCAGGUGGUGGUGGUGUGAGUGGCGAUGGGGAUGGCAGCAGCAGUGGCGGUGAGGUGUGCUCGUGUGUGGUGGUGUGUCAGGGUGUGGUCAUCCCGCCUCACACGCCCCUCUCAUGGCUUGCACACAACAUGCUUGCGCCUGACCUCUUUCUACACAUCUGCCUGCUGCUGCCAUAG